CGUCACCAAAAAAAUGAAGAACCCGAACUCGCAGAAAGCAGAGAAACGUUUGUUGAUCCACAGUGUCAUACCUUCCUCUCGUUGAAGUCUUCUGCACACAUCAAAAAUCGGUUUUGACGAACUGCAAAUGUUGCAUCACAAACCAGAGGAAAACGAAGGACUUUUCAUUCAGCAAGAAGUUGAAUAAAGGGUACUCAUAUCUUCACUGUAACUAUCAAAGUGAUUUGAAAUAUCAAUACAGCAAAGCAUGUCAAGCUGGGAAAGGAAAGGGUACAGACCACAUCAGGCAUCUGAUGAUGUUUCUGACGAUGAUACCGUUGAAGAAGUUUACAAUGCGAAAGAAAAUAAAGUUGAAGAGAUGAUUCGUCGCUUCAGCAAAAUGAAUAGAACGGAAGUAGCAACACCCGAUUAUCAGGACGAAUACAAUGACGACGAUAGAACUAUGUCGAGUAUGUCGACAAUGUUCCGGAAAGCGAGAGGUGACAGGCACGUCAGUUCUGAACCUUUAGAUUAUAGCACAUAUCAAUUUGAUGAUGAUGCUACGAUGGAUAGUUUAUCUGAUGUCUUCAAAAGGCAAGGUACUGUAGAUCGUAGAAGUCCGACAGUUUUUCAAUUUAAGGAUGACGACAAUAGCACGGAAACCGUUAAGACGGCAACAACAUGGAAAAGCCGCAAUCGAAAUCACGAAAACGGUGGCUUAGAAGGCAUUCUUCGCAAUAAAACCAAUAUGCAUGAUGAAGAGGAAUUCGGUACAAUCAAUUUGCAUGACCAGGCGGAAUUGGGUGCAAUCGAGAAUGAAAAAGGGAAGAAAAACGGCAAUGAUGGCAAUAACGAUGAUGAACAAGAGAAGGGCAGUGUUAAAGAAGAGGAUUUGUCGCAAACAAAAAGGGCUCCAAGAAAAAAGAACGCGAAGAAGCGCUCCAUGUCGAAUAGAAAAUUUUGUUGCAUUUCUUUUGCCUUCGUGGCCGUUGUUGCUAUUUCAACAUUUGUCACAUUCCAAUUUUAUUACAAGAAUUGGGGAAAGAGUGACAAAUUUAAAACGUCGGAUGCUACACCUAAAGAUGAUCAAGCAAAUCUUAGCCCCGCUGUAGCACCAGGAAGAAAUGGUCAUUCACCAACGACUCAGACAAAUGUUGGUCAUAUCCCGUCGCAACCGGGAAAUGAAAACGAUUUUGAAUAUGUCCCAUCGUCUUCCGACGUAUCGAAACCAGUAUCUAGACCAGUGACUUCCGAUGUAUCGAGACCAAUACCAGUCUCAGUCUUCGACCUACUUGAUCGGCCAACCCAGAAACCUGCAACUGACUACAUCGGUAUGUUGAUGGAAUUUCUUCAAGACAAUCAAGUGUAUUUCGAUAGAGACCCAUUGUCCCCCGACUUUAUGGCGGUCCAGUGGUUGGCAGAGGAAGCAGAAGUGAGGGAAACGGAAGAAAACGCUUACGGAAAUGGAUUGGAGUUGACAGACAAACUAAUCCAACGCUUUGCUGUGAUCACCUUGGAUUAUGCUUUGAACCGACCUAACAUCACAAUGCUACAGAAACAAUAUCGCGCUGCUGACUUCAAUAAUUACAAAAAGUUACAUACCAUUGCUGUCAAAGACAGGGAUGAAUGUAAGUGGCACGGUGUUCAUUGUGCGAAGGUUGGACUCACUGCAGGCAAAGUUGAAGAAAUCAGAUUUUCGCACUCGGGUUUGACAGGCACCAUUCCACCCGAGAUAAAUCUCUUGAAGGAUUUGAAAGUUUUGGAUCUUUCCGGAAACAGGCUUCGUGGGGCUAUUCCAGAUUCUCUGUACAGCAUAAAACAAUUGGAGAAACUUUACCUGUAUCAGAAUCAACUCACAGGUACAAUAUCGGAGAAUAUUAAAAAUUGGAACAAUAUGUAAGUAUAUUGAAUCAAACUUGACCGAGCAUCUGUUCGCGCUGUAAUGGUAGAUAUAAAUUGAAUUUAUUUCC